AUGAAUGAUGAGAGUGACAUUCCAGAACGCAUUGCUGCUGCCAAACGAGAUGCCGAAGCUCUUAAGGAUAGAAUCAAACAGCGAAAAGAAGCCCUGGCGGAUACAAAUCUCAAAGAAAUGACCAAGGAUAUCGACGCACUACCCCGUAUCAUGAUGAAGGUUCGCAGGACACUCAAGGGUCACCUUUCCAAGAUAUAUGCUAUGCAUUGGGCUUCUGACAAGCGGCAUCUUGUAUCGGCUUCUCAGGACGGUAAAUUAAUUGUCUGGGAUGCUUAUUCAAGUAAUAAAGUACAUGCCAUUCCGUUACGUUCUUCAUGGGUAAUGUCAUGUGCUUACUCUCCUUCUGGAAACUUUGUGGCCUGUGGUGGACUUGACAACAUAUGUUCCAUCUACAAUCUACGAGCGCGUGACGGACCUGUUCGUCCAGCUCGCGAAUUAUCAGCCCACACGGGAUAUCUCAGCAGUUGCCGUUUUCUAGACGAUCGCAGAAUUUUGACGGCAUCUGGAGACAUGACAUGUAUGCUGUGGGACAUUGACGCGGGAGUUAAGAUUGAGGAAUUCAAAGAUCAUUCUGGAGAUGUAAUGAGCCUUUCACUUGGACCUAAUCCAAAUGUCUUUGUUACUGGAGCGUGCGAUACUACUGCUAAAGUAUGGGAUAUACGCACCAAACGAUGUGUACAGACCUUUGUUGGCCAUGAAGCAGACAUUAAUGCUGUCCAGUUUUUUCCUAACGGCGAUGCAUUUGCCACUGGGUCAGAUGAUGCUACAUGCAGACUCUUUGACUUGCGUGCAGAUUGUGAAAUGAGCGUGUAUUCGCAUGAAUCUAUUCUGUGUGGAAUUACAUCUCUUGCAUUUUCAGCGUCAGGGCGUUUAAUGUUUGGUGGAUAUGAUGAUUAUAAUUCUUAUGUGUGGGAUACUCUCAAGGGUGAACGUGUAGGUGCACUAGGAAACCAUAGCAAUCGUGUAUCGUGUGUAGGUGUUUCAAGUGAUGGUAUGGCACUUUGUACUGGUAGCUGGGAUUCUACCCUCAAGAUAUGGGCAUAA